CAGAAACUCAUAUUCCCACACAUGAACACAUUGUUUGCUUUAGCAAGAACUCGUGCACAGCUGGUGAGAUAGGUGUGAUGAACCACCCAUUGCAUCCAACCGACCAAGUUACCCACAUCAUUUACCAAGUCCAAUUGCCCACUCCACUCUCUUUCAGAUCAAGUGUAGAAAAAAACAUCCUCCUUUGAUACUAAUCCAAAACUAAAAAAUCUCACAACAUGGUUGUAACCCGCACAUCACACAGAAAUGAUCAAACCAGUCACCAAACACGAAGCCGUACAGCUGCAACCAACCUAGCAGCCACUAGUACCCAAACCAAUGAAGGAGGAGGCCUAGCCCCAGGUGGAGCCUGUCGAGGACACGCCGGUGGAGGUGGACGAGGAGGACACGCCGGUGGAGGUGGACGAGGAGGACACGCCGGUGGAGGUGGACGGGGAGGACACGCCGGUGGAGGUGGACGAGGAGGACACGCCGGUGGAGGUGGACGGGGAGGACACGCCGGUGGAGGUGGACGAGGAGGACACGCCGGUGGAGGUGGACGAGGAGGUCAAGCCGGUCGAGGUGGACGAGGAGGUCAAGCCGGUCGAGGUGGACAAGGAGGUCAAGCUGGUCGAGGUGGAAGAGGUGGUCAAGCUGGUCGGGGGGGAAGAGCAGGUACACCUGGGGCCAGUCGGACGAACCAUGCUGCUGAGCAUUGGGGCGGAGGCGAUUCAGACAGUGGAUUUGACAUGGAAAGUCCUGGACAUGGAUUCGACACAGAAAGUCCUGGACAACAUCGUCGAGAGGAUACCCCUGCCGCAUGGUAUGAUGGCCAUGAAGAAGACCAAAACCGUUCAACUGCCAGUCCUGACCCUUGUGAUGGACUGACCCUGGAAAAUUACGAGAGCCGACUACACCACUGGACCGAAAGGCAACUACGUGAAGUACUAGGACGACAAACCGGCCAAAGUAAUCGUGUCCCCAGAGAGAUCCAAGAAGCCCUGCGAUACCACAAAAUGAACUACACAAAAAUGAAGAUGAUGUUAGCCUUGAUUGGUAAUGUCUCCAUCAAGACGGUCAACUCAUUUCCAGGGAGAAGAUCGUCCAUCACGACAAAGAAGCAACUGGAAUCGAUUUGUGGCAUUCAGCAAGGCCCAGUGCUGAAACCCCAAGUACGUCUUGCAAAAUCAGUACCCACCAGUCCAAGCAGGAAAAACUUACCCAAUAAUUUCAAUAUAGUGCCACCCAAGGGUUCACCUGAUGGAUGGGACAGACGGAAUGGCCACCUCGGUGCAGUGUGGCAGGCCAUGGAACCUGAAUGCCAGUUGGUGUUUGAUGCAAGAAUCUUCCGACAUUUUUCUAAAAUACCGAUUCCAUACGACGGAGAAGAGGAAGAAGAUGACGAAGGCAUCAGUGACUCACCAACCCAACUUUUGUCUUCUGAAGAAGAGGAGUAUUUUGAAUCAAUCUAUAAUGACCUUGUGAAUCACGAAAAGGUAGCUAUGGUUGUCCAAAAGGGUGUCGAAACCGAUGGUAGCUCUGGCAUCCAAAAACAAGUGUUGCGUCACAUCACUCGCAUAAAUUCAGAGCUUUACACUGUAUCAACCGCCUACAACUUGACGUACUACCUUCUCACUGCCACACGAUUCCCUGGUGAUGGCAGUUUUUGCCGAGAGUUGUCCAACAAUCCUACAUGGCUUCAAGUUGUGAGAGAUCAAUGGACUGCCAAGGUCAUCUUUGAAGCUUAUAGCCAAGGAAGACAAAUUCAAGAAGUAGUCGAAGAACUCACUGGUUCGGGGGACGAGAAUUCAUCUGCCGGAAAACCAUCGGAUAUCAUACGAACCAACUUGCGGCACAAACUGAAUGGAUUACUUGCUGAAGCUCUUGGCGUUGAAAAUGCCAAAUUCCCAAAGCAAAAAGACCCGGUUAGCCGGUUAGCAUGCAAGUAUCCUUACUUGACUAUUGUGCAGACUGAAGAAUCUACUCUCAGCAAAGAAGAACUAUACAUGGGUGCGGAUCAUAUAGUCACCAGCAUUCGAGAAAAAUGGCUUACAGAUAUUGAGACUGGCGCCUUCCAAAUUGUUCACGCAUCAAACAAUUAA